AUGGCCACUCAGAGCUUGGCCCUCCAGGCAAAGGAGGGAGUUCACGACUACGAGAACCCCUCCGUCUUCCGGCGCAACACGCUGCCUGCCCGCUCAUACUUCAUCCCCGAGACGUCGCUGCUGCUCAAUGGCGUCUGGGACUUCCACAUGGCCGGCACGCCCGAGGAGGCUCCUUUGCCGGAAGACAAGGGCGACGAAUGGGGCACCAUCAACGUCCCCGGCCACUGGCAGCUUCAGGGCCACGGAUACCCGUGGUACACCAACACGCAGUUCCCGAUCCCCGUGAACCCGCCCUACGUGCCGAGCGAGAACCCGACGGGCACGUACAGGCGCACAUUCCACGUCCCCUCGACGUGGGACGACAAGUCGCAGCUGCGCCUGAGGUUCGACGGCGUCGACUCUGCCUAUCACAUCUGGGUCAACGGCGUGCUCAUCGGCUUCGCCCAAGGAUCGCGGAACGCGUCCGAGUUCGACGUCACGAGCAUCCUGAAGAAGGACGGCCCCAACGAGCUCUUCAUCCGCGUCUACCAGUGGUCUGAUGCUACUUACAUCGAGGACCAGGACCAGUGGUGGCUUUCUGGUAUCUUCCGUGACGUCACCCUCCUCGCCGUCCCCGCGGCCACCAGAAUUGAGGACUGGUUCCUCCGCACCGACUUGGACGACAAGUACCAAGACGCCACUCUCCUCGCGACCGUCGACGUCAAGACCGCCGAGAAGGGCACCGUCAAGCUCACCCUCAGCGAGCUCGGCAAGAACGGCGGCGCCGUCAUCGCCAGCAAGGAGGUCGAGGUCGGCGCCAACGACAGCAAGGUCGACCUCAGCAUCCCCGUCACGAACCCCAACAAGUGGACGGCCGAGACCCCCUACCUCUACCGCGUCGACAUCACGCUCGGCUCGCACUCGGUCCACCAGAACAUCGGCUUCCGCAAGGUGGAGCUCAAGAACGGCCUCAUCUCGGUCAACGGCGUGCCCAUCCGCAUCAGGGGCGUCAACAGACACGAGCACCACUCCAAGUUCGGCCGCGCCGUGCCCCUCGAGUACGCCAAGCGCGACCUGCUCAUCAUGAAGAACCACAACAUCAACUCGCUGCGGUGCUCGCACUAUCCUCCCCACCCGCGCCUCUUUGAGCUCGCCGACGAGCUCGGCCUGUGGGUCAUGGACGAGGCCGACCUCGAGUGCCACGGCUUCUACGACGCCAUCGCGCGUCCGCAGGACGUCAACGAGGCGGCCGACUACGAGGAGCGCAAGGCCGUGACCUUCCCGCUGGCCGGCAAGUACACCAGCGAGAGCCCCGAGUGGCGCGAGGCCUACCUCGACCGCAUGGUGCAGCUGGUGCAGCGGGACAAGAACCACACGAGCAUCAUCAUGUGGUCUCUCGGCAACGAGGCCUUUUACGGCGACAACCACAAGGCCAUGUACGAGUACGCCCGCAACUUCGACUCGGGCCGUCCCAUCCACUACGAGGGCGACGUCAAGGCCGAGACGGCGGACAUGUACUCGUACAUGUACCCCCCCAUCGGCCGUCUGAGCAACCUGGUCGAGACCGAGGGCGUCAAAGAGGACGGCAGCUUCGACAAGCCCGUCGUCCUCUGCGAGUACGGCCACGCCAUGGGCAACGGCCCCGGCGGCCUCGACGACUACAUCGAGGUCUUUGAGAAGUACCCCCGUCUCCAGGGAGGCUACAUCUGGGAGUGGGCGAACCACGGCAUCUGGAAGGAGGAGGCCGACGGCAAGGGAUACUACGCCUACGGCGGCGACUUUGGCGAGCGUCCGCACGAUGGCACCUUUGUCAUGGACGGCCUGCUCCACAGCACCCACGACCCCACGCCCGGCUUGAUCGAGCUGAAGAAGGCCUACCAGCCUCUCCAGCUGACCGUCGAGGGCAACCAGCUUGUCAUCAAGAACAAGUACGACUUUGUCGGCGUCGACCACCUCACAUCAACCUACAAGGUUGAGGAGUUGGGCGAAAACUCCGCUCUCCUCGCCGCCGGAACCCUCGAGAUCCCCAAGAUCGCCGCUGGCGAAACCGUCAAGGUCGACCUCCCCUCGACCCUCGCGAGCAUCAAGUCGGACAAGGAGGUCUAUCUCACCGUGACCUUUGGACUCAAGGACUCCACCAACUGGGCCGAGCCCGCCCACGAGAUCGCCUGGAUUCAGCACAAGCUCUCGGGCGUCGCCGAGGCUCCCAAGAUCCUCACCAGCACGCUCACCUCCAAGCUGCAGGUCGAGCGGUCCCGCGCCAGGGCCACCGUCUCGGGCUCCGACUUCGCCAUCACCUUCGACACGGCCCGCGGCUACGUCACCUCCUGGACCGCCGGCGGCGUCCCCCUCCUCGAGAAGGACGCCUCCACCGGCGCGGCCAUCAUCCCCAACUUCUGGCGCGCGCCCACGGACAACGACAACCCCAACGACGCGCCGUACUGGGUCCGCUUCGGCGUCGACGUCUUCGACAGCCAGCUGCGCUCGCUCGACAUCACCGAGUCGGCCGACAAGGUCGAGGUCGUCACCAAGACGUACCUGUCGCCGCGCGUCCUCGAUUGGGGGUGGGAGACCACCACCACCUACACCAUUGACGCCGCCGGCCGGCUCACCGUCGCCGUCGACCUGAAGCCCCGUGGCAUCAAGCCCACGCACAUCCCGCGCGUGGGCCUGAACCUGCGCCUCCCCAAGUCGCUCAGCAACGUCAAGUACCUCGCCCUCGGCCCCGGCGAGUCGUACCCGGACAAGAAGUCCAGCCAGCGGCUCGGCGUCUUCAGCGCCACGGUGCCGGAGCUGCACCAGCACUACGAGGUGCCGCAGGAGGGCGGCAACCACCUCGAGACGCGCUACGUCAAGCUGACCGAGGGCCACGGCCGCGGCCUCCGCGCCACGCCGGCCGACGCCGCCGUCUGGUCCGACGAGGAGUGGCGCCAGUUCAGCUUCCAGGUCAGCCACUACGCGACCAAGACGGUGCAGGAGGCCGCGCACCCGUGCGACCUCGUCGAGGAGGACGCGACGCUGCUGCGUCUGGACGCGCGCGUCGCCGGCGUCGGCACCGCCGCCUGCGGUCCCAACGUCCGCGACGACCUCAAGGUGCACGUCGGGGAGUUCAAGUUUGGAUUUGUGCUUGAGAGAAUCGGGUUCUAG